AGUAGUGAAAGAUCGUAGACCUGUGCAGUGUACAGUCCCUAGUUGCCUACAAAUCACGAAUUCGGUUUUCUUUUACUUUAAGUUACUGGUAAACUAUUAACUAUGAGGAAAGAGGGCAAUUUUCAAAUAUUAAUUAAAAAAAGGACGCAAUUUAUUCCAGUGAUGCUAGCAUGUAUUUGCGCAAUAUCAGAUGGCAUGCAAUACGCUUGGACGGCUCCUUCGAUUCCUAUUUUGGAGUCAGAAGAAAGCCCUGUAGAAGUAGAUUCAGACGACGAAAUAUGGUUAGAAAAUAUUUAUAACUUCGGCGGAUUGGCUGGCUUGGCUGUAACUAUAUGGUUUGUGAACAGAUUUGGAAGAAAAAAGUCUAUUCUUUUUGCUGCCGUACAACAUGCUAUCGCCUGGAUUAUGAUAGCACUUGCUAAGGAUAAGGCAGUUAUCUAUGUAGCAAGAUUUAUAUCAGGAUUAGCCGGAGACGUUUCCUUUGUGUCAAUACCGAUGUAUAUAGCAGAAGUUGCCGACAAACAAAUUCGCGGCUUUUUAGGAACCUUCAUCUUCAUCAACAUGAUGAUCGGAGUAUUGGUAUUAUAUUGCGUAGCUCCUUAUACCACUAUUGCCAACUGUUCCUAUGUUGGUUUAUCAAUUGUUUUAUUUCAAAUAUGUACUUUUAUUUGGAUGCCUGAAACUCCGUAUUAUUAUCUGAUAAAUGGAAAACAGUACAAAGCCCUAAAGUCAUUGCAGUGGAUACGAAAUACGAAAGAUGUGAAAGAUGAACUGGAAGACAUCUCCAAAGCAGUAAAAAGACAGCAGUCUGAAGAGGGACGUGUAAAAGACUUGUUUACGGUGAAAAGUAAUCUACGUUGUGUUAUUAUCAUGACGGUCCUUAACGCCGCACAGCAGUUUAGUAGUUUCAGUGUACUGUUAAUGAACAUGCAUACAAUUUUAGAAGAUUCCGCAUCAUUUCUUUCAAAUAAUAUCGCAUCAAUAAUUGCCGCAGCGUUGAUGCUGGUUGCUUGUAUUUCUGCUUCGCUAAUAAUAGAUAAAUUUGGACGGAAAAGACUGUUGAUAAUUUCCAGUUCCACUACUUCAAUAGCGCUAGGUAUUUUAGCGACAUACUUUGCAAUCAAAAACUCGGGAUAUGCAAUUGAAUACAGUUAUGGUUGGGUCCCGUUAGCUUCAGUUAUCAUGUACUCUUUCACUUUUAAAGUGGGGCUGGGACUAGUUCCCAUUGUAAUGACUGGAGAAUUGUUUCCAACAAAUAUUAAAGCAAUGGGAAUGACUUUAGCGGAUGCUAUGUAUGUUGGGUUUUCGAUUAUUUCAAUUUACAUUUUUAUGACCACGAGAUAUUGGCUUGGAAUGCAUGUUCCCUUCUAUAUAUUUUCUGGAUCAUGCAUAUUAACAACUUUCUUCACUUUAUGGUAUAUUCCAGAGACCAAAGGAAAGACUCUUGAAGAAAUUCAACUGAUGUUGAGGGGAAUUGAUAAUUAGUGGUUAGUAAUUAGCGAUUCUUUUAAAGAUCUCCAUGUGAUUAUUUUUAUAUUGUAUAUUGAUUUAUAAAAGAUG